GUGGAAUCCAAUGAUCACCGGCUAACCCCUACUUCCCAACAGCUGUAUUGCCUUCCCCCAACGAGGUGGCGGCCACCUCUCUGCCGGUCAAGGACAGCGCCUUUGAGACUCACACCGAUGCCCACGUGAAGCGACCAUACGAAAGCAGCCUCUUCACGAAGGAGGAGAAUCACAAGCCCCACAAGAUGCCCAAGAUGGAAGACGAACAGGCCCCUGCCAUUGAGAAGGAUGCAACUGCCGACAAGGUUGAGGUUCCCAGUGGUACAACUGUGCAGCCUCAGGUAGUUCCGGGACUUGGUGCUGAUGCCUCGGAUGAAGUGACCAAGGACUUGGAGGUCCCCGGGCUUGCUUCGGCGGACAAUGACGCCAACAAGGUCGCUGGAGCUACAUCCAGCACCGCACCUCAGUCUACCGAGGCUGCGACCGAAAAGGUCGUUGAAGUUCCGUCCACCACAAGAGAGGCCAAAGCGGCUGAGACCAGCGCUGCCGACACGACUGCUGCCGCCCCGGAGGAGGUUUCCGCGAAGCCUCAGACUGCCGAGGCCAUCGCUCCCUCAGGAGCACUCACCUCUGACGUAGCCGAAAGCACCAGUGAUGUCAAGCAGACGACUGAUGAGGUGACACAGGCGGAGUCAGCAACGGCCACUAAGGCCCCAACCGCAGCCGCAGACAGCAAGCCCGUCGCUGUUGUUCCCACCAGCCUUACGAGCCCCUCUGCGACCGACAAGGAUGCAAACAAGACUGUGGAGAAGUCCGCUGUCAACCCCGCCUCUGAGGUGGAACAGCCCGUGAAGGCUACGGAAGACAAGCUGCAGCCGGCGAAGGAGCAAGCGCCGGAAAAGCGCCAGAGCGUUGUUCCUUCCACGAUCACGGACACCAAGCCCCAGGAGACUGAGCCCCAAGCGACUCCAGCCGUUUCGGAGGCACCCAAAGAGGAAGGUGCUGCAGUCAAGAAAGCCGAGGAGGCUAAGCCUUCAGAGACCAAGCCCUCGGAGCCCCAAUCGGAGGGUCCUUCUGUUGCUAGGACUGCUGAAGAGAGCAAACCCGAGGCCGCUCAAGCUGGACAACAGGCCGCAAAGCCCGAAGAGGGCAAGACUGCCGUUGAGCAGGCCAAGGAUACUGCCAAGGGCGAGGCCAACAAGGCUCAGGAGACCGCGAAGUCCGAAGUGAGCAGCAAGGCCGAGAAACGCAAGAGCGGCCUCUUCGCCUGGAUCAAGCGUAAGGUCAAGGGCGACAAGAACUAAGCGUUGCCCUGUUUCUGUGGCCUCUUCCUACCGGAUGGGUUUCCGUCCGGAUCGAUCUUUUGGCUUUUUUUGGUGGAUGGAUGCCGACCAAGAAGCCCGUAUUGCUGAUACCCCAACACGAAUGGUUGCAUGGAGUGACGGAUAUAAAAAAAAGCAAAAGCCUUAAAAAAACACUAAGGGAAAACCCGCAACCUAGGCAGAAAUAUACCAGAGAUAACGCCCCUGUAUGA